GUCGUUUCCGCUCCGGGCCUGCCAGCUGGGAAGCCGGGGCAACCAGCAGAUCGGUGAGUAACCGGAAACAACGCAGCAGACAAGGGGACGCGGAGCUCAAGUUAUACACCGGGACCGUCAGAACAGAACACGGCUGUCCAGGCGGCUCCUACCGGCUCCGCGAUGACCAGCUCCCCAGUGUCCCGCGUGGUUUACAACGGCAAGCGCCCCGCGAGCAACACGCGCUCUCCGAGCAGCAGCGAGAUCUUCACGCCGGCCCACGAGGAGAACGUGCGCUUUAUCUAUGAAGUGUGGCAGUGCGUGGAGAGGGACCUCCGGGGCCAGGCGUCCGGCAUAGAAGAAUACGUAGAGAAGAACCCCAGCGCCAUUCUGAAGUCCUUCAAACCCAUCGACCUGAACGACUUAAAGAGGAGAAACUCACAAGACCCCAAAAAGUCUUAACGGGACGCCGCGGACGCGCAGUCUUACAGUUUGGACGCACUUUCAUGUUCUUAUAUAUUUUUUUGGGGGGGUCUUCAUUGGUAACAUAAAGGGGCGGCUCUGAGACUGUACUGUGAGGAAUGGGCCCCGUACUCCCCUCGGACCCCCUGCGGCCCGUGCGUCCUUCACCCACAAACUGACUGAUUCCAGGAAACAUUGCCCCCCCCUUUUUUUUUUCCAUUGUUUUUUUUUUUCUUUUUUCCUCCUCGUUUUAAACAAGAAUGUGGACGCGGCGGCCGGCUGUGGAACGAUGUUCUGCCGCUCGCUGCCGCCGCGUAGAACGUUUUGACUGGCUAUUAAACUGAUUAUAACUUUAAA